AAUUAAUUUCACAAAAGAAAGGGAAAAAUUUUGUUCUAAUAUAAUAGUAGUUUUAUUAAGAUUGGUUUCCUUUUUCAACUAUGGCUCUGAAGCCGCCUCUCACCAAUAGUCAAGGACUCCUUCCGAAAUUACUAAUAGGGUUAGGCCGAUAUUCUCGCUAUUUUGUGGCUAUUUAAACACAGGCGUAAUCCCACAAAACACUUAAAUAUGAUCAAACUCUAGCUAGGUUUUAAACUUGAAGCAAUAUUGUUUAUCAGUAGUCCAUAACUGCAAUUUCUUUGGCCUUAAGUUAGUGAUCGUUCAUGGAGGGAUUUCCUCAAGAAUGUGAUCAAGUUGAUGACUUCGAUCAUCCCACUGAAAAGCUUGAUCAAAGCGUUUAUCCCUUGGAAGAGUCCUCUCUUAAACCUGAAGGAAACGAUGGUUCUUCCCUGGACCAAGAUGAAACCAGAACCCUGCAGGAAGGAUCUAAUGAUUCUGAUAAGCAAGAAGAGGAAGACGGCAAAGAUAAUGGUAAUGGUGGAGAUGAGUCUUCGGAAGAAAGUGAUGAUGGUGAUUUUCCAUUAGAAGAGAUUAUUGAUGAUGAUGAUGAUUGGGUUGAUUAUUACUACGAUCAACCUUUGGUUUACGCUUCGUUUGAACGAGUUUAUCGUUGUUUCCCACUUUCUUUUGUUGACAAGACACACCUAGAGAUUGGUAAUAAGAUCAUUAUGCCAGCCGAGGCACUCGUGCCUCUCAUGGCAACUCAAAUCUCCAUGCCUAUGCAAUUUGAGAUUCAGAACCAAUCCACAGGAAGGGUAUCCCAUUGUGGGGUUAUCGAGUUCACUGGCGAGGAAGAGGGUGCAGUUUUCUUGCCAGAUUGGAUGAUGAAGAACAUGCAACUACAUGAAGGCGAUCCCAUGUUCAUGAAGAACAAAAAUCUGAAAAAGGGAACAUAUAUCAAGCUACAACCCCACACCACCGACUUCCUGGGGAUCUCAAAUCCAAAAGAUGUGCUGGAAGAAAAUCUGCAGAAAUUCUCUUGCCUGACAAUGGGUGAUACCAUAAUGAUCAGCCACGAGGGUAAGAAUUUUUACGUUGACAUAAUAGAAACCACGCCAUCUGCUGCUAUUAGUAUCAUUGAUGCAGACUGUAAUGUGGAUUUUGCUCCUCCUUUGGAUUACAAAGAGCCUGAAAAGUGUGCAGCUAAAAUUGCUUUAGAGAAAGAACAAGAGGAGGCAACUCAGAAACCCAAGUUCAAACCUUUCACAGGUUUAGCAAGACGCUUGAAUGAAGAACCUUGUUCCACCAAAUUAGAUUCAGAUUCUUUGCCUAACGAGCAACCGUCAGCUGCUGCUGCCCUUGAGAAAAGGGAGGCUGCCGGAGCAAAACCCAUGUCAAAGAGAAGUCCAGAAGGAUUAGUCUUCCAAACGGAUAGGAACCAGCCUCAAAACAAAGGAAAAGAGCUCACAAGCGAGAAUGUGCAAGCUGAAACUUUGAAGGAUAAACCAAAUCCCUCAAAGUUUCAGCCGUUCACUGGGAAGAAAUACACAUUGGCUGGGUGACCUUGGCCUUAUCCAUCAUAAUGGUUAAUUAGUACUAAUACUGAGAGUCUUUUUUAAUUUUUUAAGUUUCUUUGGCGUGUUUCACUCAUUCUAGUAUUAUUUAUCUCAAACUAGAGAACCAUUAGCAUGAUUUUUGAUUUAGGAAAAGGGAAAUUCAAAUCUUGCAUUAAGUAGAGACCAUAGAUGUAUCUAGGCCAAACGCUUGUGUGCAAGAAUCAUUAGUAUGUUAAAUAUUUUGUUUAAUGAAAUGGGUAAAUUUAUUGCGAAACACUUAAAUUAAGUUUUUUUAA